AUGAACACUAGUAGUCUUAAUACAAACAAUGCCGAAGAACAAUUUGAAUUGGGCAUUGCUAUUUUAAACAAAGCAUGGAAAACAAAGGAAUUACAAAUGUUGGAUGAAAUUGAAGGAUUGAAAAAAAUUGGACAAAAAAAGCAAGAGGAAAUUCAUCAAAUUAAUCAACAACACAGCAAAUUACAAUUUGAAUAUCAAAGUCUCAAUACUGCCAUGAAAACUAUACAAGAAAUGAACCAAGAUCUCCAAAGUGAAAGAGAUAGACUGUCAGCUCAAGUAAAGGCCCUCAACGGGGAACUUUCAAAGUUGAAAGCAUUCAAGAAACAAAUUAUUCAAUCAAUCAAUUUGGAAGAACUUGAAGAUCCUUCUUCGAAUGGAAACAACACAAGUCAAUUCAUUCCUCCAACUCAAACAAAUAACAGCAUGAUGUCAGAGAAUAGAAGUUUCAAUUCUUCAAAUAUCAAUAAUCAAUCAAUAAUGCAACAACAAACUCAAUCACAACAAGCUCAAGCUUUGGAAGGCAAGGAAUUCUUUAAGCAAGCUAAAGAAGUUUUGACAAAUAGACAAUUUGCUGAUUUCUUACAACAAAUCAAACUGCUUAACAAUCAACAACAAUCAGCCCAACAAACUCUAGAUAAUGUUAACAUAAUAUUCAAAGGUGAACAUCCAAACUUGAUAGAAGGAUUUAAGCGUAUUUUAACACAAAGACAACAAUCAGCAGCUAUGAAUAAUUCUGAAACUAGUUUCAUUGAUAGCGAUGAACUUGAUAAGGUAGAGGUUGUUGGAAAUGAAAUUUUUAUUCAGAGAAGAGAACUUAUUAGGGAUAUUUUCAAAAAUUGGAUUAUUGAUAUUGCUUUUAUUUGUUUAGGAAUUAUGUCAUUGUGGAGAAUUCCAAGAAUUAUUCUACACUAUCUUACCAUCAUUACCAAUGAAGAAAAGGCGGGAAGUAUGAGAAACAAGGCCAUGGAAGAAUUUGUACAAAGUAUUCUUGAUGUGGUAGCAAUAACUGCAAUGGUAGUCCUUGUCGUUCCAACUCUUUACAGAGUAGGUACAACUAUUAAGAGAAUAAGAACAGAAGACACUCUCUAUCAAUUUAUUAUUAUUUCUGAAGCUUUUGCAGUCUUGAAAGAUUUACCUUUUAUUUUGUUGGGUUUGCUGUCAAUGUGGCGUUUACCAGUAAUUAUUCUCAAGAUUUGGGUAUUCCAUAAAGAAGAAUAUGAAACUGCAGAAAAGAGAAGAAAAUUAGCUCUUCAACAAUUUUUGGAUGCCAUGAUAGAUAUCCCAUUUACUAUUUCUCUAGUUUUAAUGAUACUCUCCAUCAUGCACAUCUUUACUAUCUUCCUCUUAUUUAGAAAAUACAAAAAGGCAAAGAAGGAAGAAAAAGAGUUGGGUAAGCAGAGAGAAUUAUUCACCUUCUUUAGAGGAAAGGUGUUAAAGCAACUUUAUUUGCUUCCUCUCCAAAUCCCAUUAAUUAUCUGCACUUAUUUGGUAACAUUCACAGUCUACCGUAUUCCAAUUACUGUCACAACUAUGAAGUCUCUUGUUGGGCAGAAGGAACCAAAGAAAUUGGCCGCCAAGGUAAUUGUUUCUCAAGCUUUAUCAAUUCCUUUGGAUUUGAUUUGUACUGUAUUUUCUGCAAUUAUUGUUCUCACAGUUUAUAGAAUCAAGGAUUUAGUUGCUGUUCUCAAGACACAUCCUGUUUUCAAAUCUACAUUUGCUAUCAGAGAAGCAUUGGAAGUCCACAAACAAAUAGCUCUCGUUUUUUGGAAUCUAGUUAAAGACAUUCCUAUAAUUAUUUUAUUCCUUCUUUCAUCCCUCACUGUUUGGAGAAUCAAACAUAUAUUAAGAGCCUUAGCAAACGAAACAGACUAUAAGAAACGAUUAAUCCUAUUGGGAACUAACGCUUUCCUAACGGUCCUAGAUAUUCCUUGCAUUUUAUGUUCAGCCUUGCUAUUGGUAUCCUGGAGAUCGAAGCGAGUUGUAAAUAUCAUUACUGCUGCUUAUGUUUCAGGAAAGCUAUCAGAAGCUCACUAUUCCAUUCUUUUGGAAUUUUACGAACUCAUUCUCGACAUAAUUCACAUAGCUCUUAUUCCACUUCUUUUAUGGAGAAUUCCAAAUGCACUGAAAUCAGCAUGGAUCGAAGAAACAGCUAAGGGAAGAAGAGGAAUUAUUAGAUACCAUCUUAGUCAAAUUAUACUUGAUGUACCAUACAUGCUACUCACAUUGGUAGUUGUGUUGUCUGUUUACAGAAAUGUUGAGCUUUAUCACUUCCUUUCAAAGAAGAAAUCUAAGAGAGGAUAUAGAGAAUUUAUUAGAGAUCAGGCAUUGCAAUUAAUCAUUGAUAUUCCACUUGUUAUAAUUUCUCUAUGUACUUGUAUUGUUAUUCCAUAUAGAGUUUACUUUAUGUUCAAAUAUCUUUUCCUCUAUGAACAGUGGAAGAACAGAGAUGAAGAAAGAAGAAGAGAACUUAGAGUUUUAAUUGCCAAGACACUUGUUGAUUUGCUGACUCUUGUAUUUGGUAUUGCUCUAUUGGUAAUGUUCUGGAGAAUACCAUUCGUUGUGUACAGAUACUUGAUGCUAAAGGAAGGUGUUAGAAGAACAUUGUGGAUUGAAUUCAAGAGUGCUAUUUUGGAUAUCAUUUGCCUUGCAGCUUUAUUUAUUAAUCUUACAUUUGUUUAUCAAUUCCCUUACACUGUCAAGAGAUUGUAUUUCUUCACAGUUGCAUGUAUUAAGCAUUUAAUGGCGUUCAUGAAAACAAAACCAUUCUCAACCACCAAAUCAAAAACCAAAAACACAAGUGAGGAUAAUGGUGAGAUAUUACCAAGUGAUAUGUUCUUUGAAAUUUUGACUUACCUCACCCCUGAAGAAAAUGCAGCAAGCUUUGAUCGUGUCUGUAAACAUUGGCACGAAUUGUCAAGACAGGAUUCCUUCCUUUGGCAAUUGUAUCUCGAUAUUGAUAAGAAGGCAAAUUUGAUUGACAAAAAGUUCCAAGCCAAGUAUAACAAUACCAAUAAUUAUAACUCUUACCACUAUUACAAUAAUAUCAACUUGAAUGAAGCUUACUACAGUGCUAUUGGAUCAUAUAAGAAUGAAGAUUUCACAUCUGUUUUCAAGAAGGCCUUCUCUGCUUCAGAUUCUGAGAAUAGAAAUGAGUAUAUCAAGAGAUAUCUAGAAAAAAAGAGUCGUUACUCAUACAAGCAGUACACUUUUGAGGAUGCUGUCAAUGAUGACUACAAAGCUGGUUUCCAUCAUAUUGUCAAGGCUGAAACACAACAUGUCAUAGAACACAUCUACAAGCUUUUCUUCAUUAGAUACAAGCUCUUGGGAUUGGUUCUUUAUCCGUUCUAUUAUCUCAUUAGCCUCUUCUCACACGUUGAAGGAAUAGAAAGUGAUAUGACAUGGGAUAGAAUUGAGUUCUUGGUACUGUUAAUUCCAAUCAACCUAUUCAUGUUGUUGGUUUCCCUAACUGAAAAACUCUUCAACCUAAUGGAUGUUUUCCCAUUCUUAGGGUAUAGAUGGUGGGGUGAUAGGGACUUCCAACUGUGGAACUAUAGAAGUUUUUAUGGAAAGAAGUACGCAACAAGUGUAUUCCUUGGUAUUGCUUCUGUUCUUAGCUCUGUGGGAAUAAUUCUCUAUGGAUUUUCAGUUGCAUUCAGUCCUUUCUAUUUUGAUAUAAGAGUACUUGUUUGUAAAACUGUAAUGAGCAUUGGUAGUAUUGCUUCUGUCGACUCUAUUAUAUUGAAUAUUUGCAAAAAGAAGAAUAUAGAUUUGGAGGAAUUGAGAAAGCAGGCAUUGGUGGAUCAUAUGAAUAGAGAUUUUGCUUCGGAUGCAGUAAAUUAUUGGCACUUUGAAGAUAAUAUUUCUGUACGGAAACUUGAAAUGGAUAGAUUUGAUAGAUUGAUUGCCUUUAGACCACUUCUUGCACGAAUGACUCCUAAUUUCUAUAAGAAUGUUAUUUCGAAUAAUAAUUUCAUUAGCUCUUUGAACGAGAAGGAAUGCUCUAUAGUUCAGAGAAUUUUGGAUCAAAUUCUCUAUCAAAAACAUUCCACAUUAUCGAAUAUGGAUACAGACGAAAGUCUUUGCAUUCUCUUUUUACUUGGUCAAGCUCAUGGAGAUUUAAUUUACAUGAAAUCAAUGAUUAUUCAAUCAGUGAUUACAAAAAUUGGAUUCGAUAAUGUUUUGGAUAUUCUGGAAUCUAUUGAAAGCUAUCUCACAAGAGAUGCUUCAUUCUUUUCAUCAACAUCAGCAGCUUCUCCUUUGAUGAAAAUUAAGGACUAUUGUUUGGAUUUCAUGGGAAGUCAGGCAUCAGAACCUGGAUACGAAUUCUUUAUUGAAACUGAUGAAAGAGUUGACAAGUAUUUGAGAUUAAUCAUCAAGAGAAAAACUAUCAAACCAGUAACUUGGGAAGAAAAGCCAAACAAUAUUUCCAAAUCACCACUAAUGGACCUAUUCAAUGACCACUCAACCAGUGAUAUUUGUUUCCUAGUAGGAAAUCAGAAAAUUCAUUGCCACAAAACAGUUCUCAUCUCGAGAAGUGUCUACUUUGAAACUCUAUUCGAAGGAAAUUGGUCCAUUGAACUGGAAGAAUAUGGUCCAGAGAUGAAAUAUCUCAUUCAAUAUUGUUAUGGAUUCAUGAACUAUGUUCCCUCAAUUCAUCAAAUUCCACUCAUCAAGAAAGCUCACCAACACGAAAUGAAAGAUUUAAUACCCAUUGUAUCGAAACAAAUCAUCGUUGGAAAGGACAACUUUGAAAUGUUAUGGAGUGAAUUAGAGCACUACUCUGAUGACAGCACAUUUUCCGAAAUAAUUGAAAGAGUUAUCAAAUAUGGAUUUGAUCAUGGAUUAUUCGGAAGGGAGGAGCAAUCUUUUAAUCAAUGGUAUGAAGAUUUAUCAUCAGGAAAUUCAGAUGUUGAAAGUUUUUGCUUUGAUCAACAAGAGGACAUGAUCAUCAACACAAUUCAAUUAAAAGAGGUUUCGAGUAAUGCUGCUACUGGAGCUGCUGCCUCAUCAGUAAUAGAGAGUAUCAAAGGACAUGAAGUAAUCGAUAUUACCGAAGAUGAUGAUUCACAGAAUGAUCAAGAAGUAACUAAUCUUGAAAAUGUGAUGGAAAUUAAUUCAUCGGAUGAAGAUGAGGAGAUCAUGCACAAUGAUAAAGCUGAUAGUGAAGACGAUUCCGAUGAUGAAAUUUAUUUCCUCACCUCUGAUGAAGAAGAGGACUAUCAUCCAUCAAAAACCACAAAACGAAUGGACAAGAUAUUGUCAGAACUGGUACCUGAUGUUUUAGAGGGAAACUUUUCUGUGGGAGGAGAGUUUGACAUCUAUCCAGCUAUUGGUUUGCAAUUACUAGUGUCAAAUGACACGAAUGUUGUGGUGGAGAGAAGGAAUAUUUCACUUCCAUUUGCUUCGAAGGAACAAGCCAAUGACAUUAUUCAACUCACCACAAUGAAUGAAGAAACUAAACCAUGGCAAUUGGAAUUAAAUCAAUUUGAAAUUACCAAUCCUAAUUGGAAUGAUAUGAUUAAUAAUUUAUUACAAAAGGAAAUCAAACAAGGAUUAGGAGUUGGAGCAGGUGGAGAGAUGAGUGUGAAAUACAAAUCAAAUGAAAAUUUCUAUCCAAACUCAUCAAAAUCUCACUAUUCCACAUCCUACGUUGCUUUCUAUCAUGAGAGUGAUUUUAAGGUAAAUGUUUUGACAAGUGGAUUAAGAUUGGCUUUGGUGUAUAAUGUUAUUUUCAAUGGGCCAUAUUAUCUAAUGCCAGCUGCCAAUGCUGCAGAAAUGACACUGAACUACCUGAGCAAAACACUUAAUGAGUGGGAAUCAGAAACUCCCUACAUUAUUUAUAUUUUGAAUGAACAAUAUUCGAGACAUGAAUUGAGUGAUGGUAGUAAUUUGAAAGAAAACGAUGCUGUUAUCUAUGACUGGUUACGUAAUUACAACUCUAUACAUAAUAAUUUCUACCUAUGCUUGGGUAAUAUGCACAAAUCUAAAUCAGGUGAUGUUACAAGUAUGAGUGUGCAGGAGUGGAAACGUCAUAAACGUCUUCAAAAUGAAGGAGGAAGAAAUUAUGAAAAUAGUGAUCUCGACGAUGUUGACAGUGAGGAUUUGGAAAACUCGUAUUCUACUUAUACCAUUGAAUAUUUGAAGAAUGGAAAUGAAAUAUUUUCUAAGGAGAUCAAAGUUUCAGAUAUUUCAAUAAUAAUUCCGUUUGAUCGUAUUAACGAUUUUGAGAAUGAUGGUUUUCAUGUUUAUCAUGAUGAUAGGUUCCUGGUUAAAGCUAAUUUUAGUAAUUGCAAGCAUAAAUAUUUUGACAUGUUGGUAGAUGAUCAACUUGAAAAUCCAAACAAGGCGAAUGUAGAUAAAAUAUUGGAAAUGAUGAAGACUAAUUGGUUGCAAGAAAGUGCCCUUCUAAAUGCUGUACUUAAAUUGAAGAAUGAUGAAAUAGCUACUGAAUUUUCAAACAAACAUUUAUGCUUAAAAUCAUGGCAAGACCUAAUAAGCACCUUUGGAUUUAUGAAUAGUUUCAAACAACCAUUCUUCAAAUUUAUAACAUCUAAUCUCAGUAGCAAAAUGAUAUUUGAUUUUGCUUUUGAGACUAUUUUACUACAGGAAAACUCAACUCUUACAUCAGACCUGUGUGACUAUGUAUUUGAAUAUUUAUCAACCACAGGAUAUCUUUCGCCCUAUGCUGUAGAAAGAAUAUUGAAUUGCAUGCAAUUAUGUGCUGUCCCUCUAAUGGAGAGUACUUCUGUCUAUAUGAUUAAGCGUUGUAUGGUCGUAGAUCAAACUGAACUAUCAUUAAUAUUGAAAUACUUGGAGAAUUAUCAUUCAUAUAUGGUUUCAGCAUUGAAUCUAUUAUUGGGAAAUAAGGAAAAAUUUUUAAGGUACUAUACUGUUAUUAUUUACUAUCUAAAAUAUUUCUUUUGUGAGGAAGUUAAAAACUUUUUGGAAGGUAUUAUAACAGAAAUGGAUUUGAAUACUUCCCUUAAAUUUGUCAUUCACUUGAAUGGACUUGGUGAUCAUGAAGUUGCCAAUGUCAUGCUAUUGAAACUUAGAGAAAGGAUAAUUAAUCAGUUCAUAACGGAUGAUAUUAGUGUGGAAAAUUGCAAGGCCAUUAUUUCAGCUAUCUGCUAUUGCAAUUUUCCAAAUGAAUUAUCAGAAGUUACGUCAGCAAUCACUUCAAAAAUUAAAGAUUUUGUUGGAGUUGCCAAAAUACUUAUUCCUCUCAUCAAAUAUAUUGAGAUUACGUAUGGUAAGAGUGCAUUCAUUGAUGUUAAAGCAUUUGCUCAACUUGUCACCUGUAGUAUUGAGCUUAUUAAAUCAAUUCUCAAUAUUCAAGAAAAAGCUGACGUAAGGGACUGGUCACUUCCAACCUUUGUAUGUGAAACUAAUUGUUCAAAUUGCAGAGAUAUUAAUAAUUUCCUCCAGAACAGCAAUCCAGCAUCAAAGAAAUAUGAACUACACAGAACUAUGCCACUAUUACGAUCUCACAUUGAAACAAAUCUACAUUCAGUAACUGGAUUGUUCUCUUAUAUUACUUUCGAGACGAACCAGAGGACUGCAAGUGUAAUUAUUCAAAAGAUCUCUAAUCCUCGUUUAAACAUUUACGAACAGUGCAGCAAAACUAAGGAUGCCCUGAAUUAUUUGGAGAAUUUACUAUCAAACACUCCCAUCAUUCAACAGCAACCAACACAAGCUUCAUCUUCUCUAAUUACACACCAACCAAAGAGAUCAGGAAGUUUUUCUUCCUCCUAUCCUAACAAAAAGAAAAAGUAG